GAGUAGGCCGUAGGAUUCGCGCCAGCAUAGGGCGAAAGGAGAAGCAGCGAAGGUGCAGGAAAACGAAGACGACGACAUUAGGAUUUCCUCUUGUUUUUUCUUCUUCUUUAUUUCUUCCAAAAUGUUUUCAGAACUCGCAUAGAAGAUUGACACAUUGAAGUUUAUCUUUUCCUUCGUUUCUUCUUGUACUGUUGUUUUUGCUCUCUCUUCGUCCGGAUCAUGGAGAUGGUGGUGAUAUCUGGCGGCGGCUCAGAGGCCUUUAUCAUGACCAGAGAAUCCUUGCGAGCUGCGCUGUGGGAUGUCCAUGGCUCUGUGUUCGGCUUCUCCUUUUAAUGUUACCGAGUCGAGAUUUGUUCGUGUUUUCAAUUGUUCCAACUAUUCUUUGAUUCUUUAGCAGUUUUCAAAACCGUCAUUUCAAAGAUAUCAUUCAUUUUAACUACGAGUUCACUUUUUUUUUCUCUUGAAUUCCAAAAACAAAGACAUUUUGGUUUGUUUCUAAAUUCUUGAAGUGUUCAAACAUUUUCGUUUAAGGAAAAAAAAAAGAUCAAUAGGAGGAAAAAAACGUGGAUAGAUAGAUAGAUAGAUAGGGGGAAAAUUGGUUUUUUAUAGGCAAAUUUGUAUUUUUGUAAGAAGCAAAGUUGGACGCGACGGUGGAAGAGGAUGUUGGCUGGGUGCUCAUCGACGUUGCUAUCGCCGAGGCACAACAAGUUGAGGAUCGACGCUUCCGUGCAGUUGCAAUCUUGUCAUUUCCAUCUGCAGGAGAAGCCGAUGGGUACCCAGCCACUCGACCUGCCGUGCGGCUUCUCCUCCCGCAAAGAUCCCCUUCGGGUGGCUCUGUCUGUCGAGAAGCCAGCGGCCGACGCUCGGGGAAGCAACUGCUCCUUCAGGCGCCACUCGUCUACUUCAUCCAUUGUCGCGCAUGCACCAUCAUGGGGCGCAACCGAAGAAGCUCGCAGCGGAGUUUGGGCGCAGAGGAGGAGCUCGAAGAGAUUCCAUGACGGGGGCUCGUGCGACGACUACCGAGCCAAGAGGACGAGGACAGCUGACGUCGAGGGCGAGGCAUGGCUGCCUCAGCCCACUCAAGAACCCUCGUUUGGGGAGGAGGAAGAGAAGGUGUUUCUUGUACCAAGUGCAGCAAGUUUUCCACUUCCCACUUCUUCGGGCCAAACUCUGGUGCCAGGAUCCACUCGGCCGGAGAACGAUUCCAACACAGGCGAAGAGCUAAACAAUGCGUCACAGUCUGCUUCGAGUUCGUCCUCUGGCGCAUUUGCUUCUGCCAAGGAUUCUUCCAGCAAUUUGAACUCCAGCGGUGUGGGAAGCGAUGGAGGCAGAAGCCAGAUGGAGCAGCAGCAGGGUCUGGAACUGGUGAGCCUGCUGACAUCGUGCGUGGAGUCCAUUAGUUCUGGAAAUUACGAAGCCAUGAAUUUUUUCUUAGCCAGACUCGGGGAUUUGGCAACCCCAGCGGGCUCUCCCAUUCACCGAUUGGUGGCCUAUUACACCGAGGCCUUAGCAUUCCGCGUGGUGAAGCACCGGCAGCACAUUUUCUCCGUUGCUCCACCGAAAGCCCUCCUUGACCCGGCCGAGGACGACAACGCCAUUGCCCUACGAGUCCUCAAUUGUGUAACUCCAGUCCUCCAAUUUAUCCACUUCACAUUGAAUGAGCGGUUGUUGCGGGCAUUUGAAGGGAAGGAUAGAGUGCACAUAAUAGAUUUCGACAUCAGGCAAGGUCUUCAAUGGCCGAGCUUGCUCCAGAGCUUAGCUUCCAGGCCUAAUCCUCCAAACCACGUUAAGAUCACCGGAGUGGGAGAAUCUAGGCAGGAUCUUCAAGACGCAGGAUGCACUCUCACGAGGCUAGCAGAGUCGUUGCGCCUCCCUUUUGAGUUCCACUCUGUGGUUGAUAGAAUGGAAGAUGUGAGGCUUUGGAUGCUUCAUGUUAAGGAGGAGUGUGUUGCAGUGAAUUGUGUUCUGGCCAUGCACAAGGCACUCAGCGACGAGAGUGGGAAGGCCUUGGUGGAUUUGUUGAGCCUGAUUAGGAGCACAAACCCGGAAAUUUUCAUUAUGGCAGAGCAAGAAGCAGAUCACAAUGAGCCAGAGUGGGAGGCAAGGCUUGCAAGAUCAAUUGGCUACUAUGCGUCUCUAUUCGACUCCAUGGCCUACGUUCUGCCCAAGGAGAGCCAUGCCAGGAUCAAGGUGGAAGAAGUGUUUGCUAAGGAAAUCAGGAACAUAGUUGCCUGUGAAGGAAACGAGAGAACCGAGAGGCAUCAAACUUUCGAUAAGUGGAGGAAGAUGAUGGCGGAGGGUGGAUUCUCAUGCAUGGGCAUUGGUGAAAGGGAGAUGCUUCAGAGUAAGAUGAUACUGAGAAUGCACUCCUGUGAUCAUUACAACAUAGAAAAGGAAGGUGAAGGUGAUGGACUCACUCUCAAGUGGUUGGAUCAGCCUCUGUACACAGUUUCUGCAUGGGCACCGACGGAUGUUGCAGGUACCUCCACGUCUCACCCAAAUUUGGAGCUCCAUGGAUGAAUUUGGAGCUCCUCUGGUGUUUAAGAACUCACUAGUAAGAUACAUACAUUCUUUUUAAUAGUGUUCUAGAUAGAAAAGUUAUAUUCUUUUGCAUUUACAGAAGAGAAGAUAGGCAUUCUUUCCCUUUGGGAUUCUUUAUUCUUUUGUUGCUGAGACUUAGCAUAUAUGUUACACUAAUUCAAAAGAGAACGUAGAUUAGUGUUUCUCGGCAUAUUGUUUGUAGCUGUUUUGAUUAGAAGUUGAAGAUAUGUAUUUAUUCUUUGAUCAUUUCCUACAACGCAAUGUAACUGAACUAGAACAGAAUACUAUUAGCAUCAUUUGCUUGAAUAUA